AUGCGGGGCAAGGACGAGGAGUUUGAUUUCCUCUUCAAAGCUUGUGGCCCCCUCCUCCCCUUUCCAGUUGUCCUCAUUGGGGACUCAGGGGUGGGGAAGAGCAACCUCCUGUCCCGCUUCACCCGCAACGAGUUCAACCUGGAGAGCAAGAGCACCAUCGGGGUGGAGUUCGCCACCAGGAGCAUCCAGGUGGAGAACAAAACAGUGAAGGCUCAGAUCUGGGACACAGCAGGGCAGGAGCGCUACAGAGCCAUCACCUCGGCGUACUACAGGGGGGCUGUGGGGGCCCUGCUGGUCUAUGACAUUGCCAAGUACCUGAGCUAUGAGAACGCUGAGCGCUGGCUGAAGGAGCUGCAGGACCACGCUGAUGCCAACAUUGCCAUCAUGCUGGUGGGCAACAAGAGCGACCUGAGGCACCUCAGGGCUGUGCCCACAGAUGAGGCCAGGAGCUUUGCAGAGAAGAAUGGUUUGUCCUUCCUGGAGACCUCUGCUCUGGACUCCACCAACGUGGAGACAGCUUUCCACAACAUCCUCUCGGAAAUCUACCACUCAGUGUCCCAGAGGCAGAUCAGCACCGGGCAGCCCGAGGCAGAGCUUGGUCCUUCCAGCACCAUCGAACCCAUCCAGGUGCUGCCCACGCAGCAGGAGGCCAGGCAGGGACCCUGCUGCCAGAACAUCUGAGCCCAUCUGGGGUGCCCCCCAACCCCUGGCACCACCACCAGCAGCCAGCACCUGG